UUACAAUUCAGUGCAUUAUUUUCUCUUUAAGAAAAACACACUUACUGACCCCAAACUUUUGCACAGUACUGUAUACUGAUCCAACAAACUGCAUGCAAUUUUAGAAUUUGGGCCAGUUGCCAAAAAUAAUAAAGCUAAGAACACUACGUAAUCACACUUGAUCUUUGUGUCCGUCAGACUGCUUCAGGAUAAAGGGCAGAAAUUAGUUGUACCUAUUCUUUUAGCAGUCAGAACACCCAUUCACUGCAAACGGUCAUUUUAAAGUCUAAUCUCUUGUCAGAACAACUUAUUCCAGCACAAACAGUUGACAAGAUGGGAUUGGAGCAUAAAAAACUUUGAAACACUGUUUAAUCUUACCGCUACAAAUUCUGUCUGCAUGAUUGAGACUAACUGAGGGCUGAGAUAAACAUAUAUUUUAUAUAGUCAAACAUGCUGGGCCAGUGAGAUCACUGAUUCUUUAAUUGGUCGGUUCAUAUUGCUGAAGUGGUUGUGUGUAAUAAUUUGUUUGUAUAAUACCUGUCAAUGGCCAUUACAGCGAUUUCAGAUUAACUGCGCAUCAUCAUACUCCUGUCUCAUUAUUCUGAUUGGAAUUUUUAUGUGAAGGGUUUCUACAGUGAAACCCCAUGGUGAAAUGUCUCACCACAUUUCCUCUGAGGAUUGUACAACAAAAGCUUUGAUUCUAAACUCUGAUUUUGCUUGGUGUUGUUAUCAUGACAGUAUAGCAGCUAGAGAGACAUUGCACUGUACAGUAGAUGAUAGACAAAUGGAGAGUGAAAGCAGAAAUGCCUGAAUUGACAGAAAUAAAGUUACUCAACAGCCAAAAGCAGCAUCUCUUUAUAGCUGAAGGGGGCAGAGAGGGAGGAACGAUGAAGGGUGUUUGGGGAGGGGCUUCAUUUAGUCUUUAUUUAUGAAGUACUGGUCAUUCCUAUUCUCCAAUAACCAUCUGUCUUUGACUCUGCUUGUUAAAGCUCUUCACCAUCACAGCACUCGACAAAGAUUAUCCGCACACUUCAAUAAUCAAGCUAAAGCAGAGGUGACAAUGAAGUUUGAGAGCAUUUUGGAUGAGACGAAUGGUUUCGGGCGAUACCAGAUUGCACUGGUCUUGCUGCUGUUUAUACCUCGCAUCGCAAUCCCGUGUCACUUCCUGAUGAACAACUUUAUCGCCGCCAUCCCAUCUCACCAUUGUAACAUCAGCUCUCUGAGCUCUGAGGGAAUCUUUGGAAAUCUGAGCCAGGAUGAGAGACUGACUGUUAGUAUUCCAGUACAGAAUGAUGGGACUCCUGAUUCCUGUCACAUGUUCUCUUAUCCUCAGUUCCACCUGCUGUCAAACUCCUCCAGCCCCUCAGAGGUUGCUGUAGUCCAGUGCCAGAAUGGAUGGGAGUAUGACAACAGCACGUUCAUCAGCACUCUCGCCACACAGUUUGAUUUAGUCUGUGAGAAGAGGGGACUGGCCAGAGCAUCAGCCACCAUAUUUUUUGUUGGUGUCAUGGCUGGAACUGUGUUCUUUGGAGUGCUCUGUGAUAAGUAUGGCCGUAGGAGUAUGUUGCUGGUGUCCUAUGUGUCAUCUAUAGUGUUCAGUGUUGUUAGUGCUUUCUCAAGCACCUACAUCAUGUUUGCUGCCUUCCGCUUCCUGACCGGAUUCGCACUGACGGGAAUCAUUAACAUAUCAGUUGUGCUAAGUAUUGAGUGGGUAGACACUAAACACCGUACUUUAAUCGGUGUGUUCGGCAGUAUUUCUUGGAGUUUAGGCAAUAUGCUGCUGGCUGGCUUUGCCUAUCUGGUCACUGAUUGGAGGAUGCUGAUUAUUACUGUCACUUCUCCUCUUCUUCUUUCUACAGCCAUUUGGUGGUGGAUCCCUGAAUCAGCGCGGUGGCUAAUAGCCAAUGGAAAGGUAGAAACGGCAUACAAAUACCUGCAAAAAUGUGCUACUUUUAAUGAAAGACGAGACUUUACAUCUAGAGUCAAACCAGAGGCUUUGUCCACUGUAACAACUGUGGAUCACCAUGUUCACAGUUACACUUACUUAGACCUAUUCAAAACCCCACAGAUGAGGAGACUCACACUUUUCACUGGCAUAGUGUGGUAUGGAGUUGCUUCUACAUACUACGGCAUCAGCUUUAACAUCACUGGCUUUGGGCUUGGUCUUUACCUGACACACUUCAUUUAUGCAGCCAUAGAAGUGCCAGCGAAAAUCCUCAUCUACUUUAGUCUCAAUAAGGUUGGCCGUAGAAUCACUCAGACCGCGACACUGGUGCUCACAGGAGUCUGCAUACUCAUCAACAUCAUCACACCCAUAGAAUACUGGACGUUUCGCACUGUGAUCACAGUGUUGGGUAAAGGACUUUCAGAGGCUUCGUUCACAACUGUGUUCUUAUACACCACUGAGCUCUAUCCUACAGUCAUGAGGCAGAAUGGGCUAGGCUACGCCAGUUUUAUGGCACGUUUGGGGGCAUCCAUUUCUCCUCUUAUCAUGCUCUUAGAAGACAUGUGGACGCUCCUCCCAGAGGUCAUUUUCUGCACGCUGGCCAUCUUUUCUGGUCUCAUAGCUUGGCUUCUCCCUGAAACCAACAACGCAAGAUUACAAGAAACCAUAGAAGAUAUCGAACAGAUGAGAAAGAAACCUAUUUAUUUCACAACAGAGGAUCAGAUUAACGUCCCUUUAAAGUUGCCCAUCUCUGCAGACACAACGCAGUGAUAUGCAAAUCACUUCGCAAGCUCAAAAAUCCUUCAUCCUGCCAUAGGGACAAUUCUCAUGAGCUGUACUUGACAUCAGAUCCUGCCUUAAGUAUAUAACUAAUAAAACUCUUGAUUCAUGGAGUCUUAGUGUACUGAUUUACUUUCUUUCUUAGGAUUAAAGAAAUUUAGAUUCAGUCUUUUUGCUCAUAUGUAACCUAAUAUUAGAUACAUAUUUAGUUAAUCUCUAUAAUUAAUCUCUCUCUUUAAGUGUUUUUUUUCCUGCACACAGCACCAUGGACAGCACUAGCUUUUGAAACUGGGUUCUGUUUGACAGCACCCUGGACAGCUCCACAUUACAUUAGUCUGACCUCUGUUAAUGAGCUGUGGAAGCCUUCUCCCAUAAUGACAACAAACCAGUAUAUCACACAUGUACAUAAUUCUUCAAAUUAUUUUAUUGACAGCACAUAUAUGAUCAUACAAUGAGUAACUCUGACUUAACUCUUUUUGAUUGGAUGAGUCAUAAUGUAAGUUAUUAUACAGACUGAACACAGCUCAUAUAUCCAAUCAGAGACAUUUGUUAAAAACAUACUCUGACUUGUACACAAAAUGAGUGUGCCAUGUCUCAUUCAGAAAAAAAAAAGUUUUUGUAACCAGUUUUGCUUAUUAUCUAAACUUUAUCCCAAGUGAUUCUGUGGUAAAUACCGAAUUAUAGAGAGAAGGCUUGAAUGUAAGCAGACAGACUAUUUGUGUUCAACAAGUUAGCUGGCCAACAGCGCAUCCCUUAUGCAGUUAUAUAAAGUUGUUUAAAUGGAUACUGGGCGUGAGUGAGAAAGGAAAGUGCCUUCCACUUUCCUACAGUACCUAGAGCUUUCUGUGUUAAAAAUCUUCAUUUGACCUGGACAUAAUUGAAGGAAGUUUUUGUUGCUACAUGUUAAGUCCUUCUAAUAAUCGUACCAUGUUACAUAAACUCUAGAUGGCAGUAGUGACAGAUUUUGGAGAAAGAGUAGUUACUCUUUAAGUGAGACUCAACAGCUUUAAUUCCUUCCAGUCUGCAGUUUUGUCAGAGAUCAAAUUUUGAUUUAACUGGUGCUACAUCAUU